CUUAAAGACCUUCCGAACGCACAGGUUGAGAUUCAUCAGUACACAUUCAUUCGCGGCGCGGGAAACAAUUAAUCUACUCGACAAUGUGGAUUUAUCUGACGGUGUUGGCGCUGACCUUGGCGGUCUUGUGGGUUCGCAAGCGCUACGCAUACUGGAAGGAGCGUGGAAUACCAUAUGUGGAACCGAGCUUCCCAGCCGGGAACAUUCGUGGCAUGGGACGGAAGGAGCACUUCUCGACUCAAAUGCAGCGCUGUUAUAAGGAGCUUAAAGGAAAGGGUCCAGUUGGAGGUGUGUUCUUCUUCAUAAAUCCGGUUCCUCUGGCGUUGGAUUUGGACUUUAUCAAAACUGUUCUGGUGAAGGAUUUCCAAUACUUCCACGACCGAUCGAUUUACUAUAAUGAGAAAGAUGAUCCUCUGUCGGCUCAUUUGGUCGCGUUGGAGGGUGCCAAGUGGAAAAAUCUCAGAACCAAGUUGACGCCAACGUUCACUUCAGGGAAGAUGAAAACUAUGUUCCCAACUAUCAUUGGAGUGGCGGAUGAAUUUCAGAAAAUGAUGAAGAACGAAGUGGUGGGUAAUACGGAAAUCGAGAUGAAAGAUAUUCUUGCUAGGUUUACGACAGAUGUGAUUGGUACUUGUGCAUUUGGAAUAGAGUGUAACAGUUUGCAAGAUCCGAAUGCUCAAUUCAGACGCAUGGGACGAAAAAUAUUUUCAGUUGCUAAAGGACGUUUACUGAAGUUAAUAACCGCGCAGCAGUUCCGUUCGCUAGCGCGAAUGCUUGGGAUAACCCUAAUUGAUAAAGAUGUGUCGGAUUUCUUCAUCGGUGCUGUGAGGGACACAAUUAAGUAUCGUGAAGAGAACAAAAUCGAAAGAAAUGAUUUCAUGAGUCUGUUGAUGAAGCUGAAGAAUGAUGAAUCAUCGCAGGAUACGAAUUCAGGCGACGUGGAAACUUUGACUGUGGAACAAAUUGCGGCACAGGCAUUUGUGUUCUUCUUGGCUGGUUUUGAAACAUCAUCGACGGCAAUGUCAAACAGCUUGUACGAACUUGCGCAAAAUUCUGACCUUCAAAACAAGGCACGCAAAAGUGUAAUGGAUGCAAUCAAAAAGUACGGCUCAUUAACAUAUGAAGCAAUGCAAGACAUGCAGUACAUUGAUCAAUGCAUUAACGAAUCACUACGAAAAUAUCCCCCGGCGUCGAACUUAACCCGGACGGUGUCUACGGAUUAUAAGCUCCCGGACAGCAAUGUUGUCCUCCAGCAGGGCUCUACUUUGAUCGUGCCGGUGUACGCCCUGCACCACGAUGCAGAAUACUACCCAGAUCCAGAAAAGUACGACCCAGAUCGAUUCACACCGGAAGAGGUGGCCAAACGGAAUCCGUACUGUUUCCUGCCGUUUGGUGAGGGUCCCCGUAAUUGCAUUGGAAUGCGUUUCGGUAUGCUGCAAGCCCGAGUAGGACUGGCUUACCUGUUGAGGGAUUUCAGUUUCACGUUGUCCAACAAAACACCGGUGCCGUUGAAAAUUUCACCUCACAGUCCUAUUCUCACAUCGGAAGGUGGACUGUGGUUGAAUGUGCGGAAGCUGUAAAGGCUCUGUAUUACCUUCGAUUCAAUCUGAAUUGAGCUUAAUGUUAUGAAACGCACCCAUAAGUGGUAAAAAACUAUUUUUCUAAAGUCUUAAAAUUAGAAUAGGGAGUGAAUUGGUUCUUCGUUAUGACAAGGUGAUAUUGACCGAAGGUGCCAAACUGCAAUGAGACCCUUCAACUGCGAGGCACAAUUAUAACUGAACAUUAUAAUUGAGGGGCCAGAGGCAACCUGUGUUGACAUUAGGCUGAUACAAAUAUUAAUUUUCUUUUAUGUCACCCCCCCCCC